AUGGUGGUGCAGAAGCAGCCUCGCAGUCUCUUUGAGACUUUAACUUACUUGGGUCGGGACCCUACUGCUUCUCAGGACCAGGCAGGCAGCAGCAGCAGCAACAACAACAACGGCAGCAGCAGCUGCAGCAGCAACGACGACAGCAGCCGCUGCAGCAGCACUGGCUGCCCGUGCUGCGGACUGCCUGUAGUCGUUUUGGCCAGCCAGUCCCCCCAAAGGUCUAAUCUCCUGCGGCAGCAUUUGGGGUUGCCCUUAACUAUCAUUACCUCCAACUAUGAGGACGCUGCAAAGCAGCAGCAGCAGCAGCAGCAGCUGCAGCAGCAGCAGCAGAAAGAUGAUGAAUUGCAGGCCGAACGACUGCUGCAACAGCUGCUGCUACCGCCUGAAAGCAGUGGCUGCACGCUGCAGCAGAGCUGUCACCCACAGCAGCAGCAGCAGCAGCGCCAAGGCUGCAGCAAACUGAAGGCGCUGGCCCUGCGCAACGCCCACGGGAAAGCAGCCGAUAUCGCUGCGCGACUGUGGGGAACCAACAGCAGCAGCAGCAGCAGCAGCAGCAGCAGCGAGUGCCGCGCCAGCAGCGUAAUCGUAUCUGCUGACACAGUAGUAGACGUAGAUGGGUCUCUGAUGGAGAAGCCUGAAGACGCAGCAGCAGCAGCAAGAAUGCUGCAGCAGCUGCAGGGGAGAUCGCACUGGGUGCACACAGCAGUCUGCAUUUACACCCGCACUGCCUACCAGCAGCAGCAGCAGCAGCAGCAGCAGCAGCAGCAGCGUGGCGCAGCUGGGGCUUUUGUGUGCUCCACCCGCGUCACCUUUUGGCCUCUUUGCAGCGAAGACAUUCAAAGCGGCCGUCGCUCUGCUGCCAGCAGCAGCAGCCGAGCAGCAGCAGCAGCACCUGCAGCACUCACUGCAGCACAGCGGGCAGCAGCUGCGCCGGCGCCCCCAGCAGCAGCAGCAGCAGCAGCAGCAGCAGCAGCAGUGUGUGCCGUGUGUGCGCUUCAGGGGGCUACGGGCUGCAGGGCCUGGGCUGCUGCUUGGUGGCUGCAGUGGAGGGCUGCAGCAAUUGUGUCAUUGGCUUGCCAGUGUCUCAUUUGCUGGCAGCUUUGGCUUCUCUUCAUUCCCAGGGCCUCCUCUGAGAGCCCCACAGCUGCGGGGCCACAAAACUGA